AUGGCUGGUGUGUUCCAUUUUUCUCUUUUAGCUUAUGUUCCCGAGGAAGAGCUGAAGGCGGCCGAGAUCGAUGAAGAAACCGUGGAAGAGGGUGAGCUCUCGUUGGACAUUCAGGAGAGCGACUAUUUGUGCAAUGAAGAAACUGAAAUCAAAGAGGCCCAGAGCUACCAGAACUCUCCAGUCAGCACAGCCACCAACCAGGAGGCGGGCUACGGGUCCCCUUUCAGUGAGAGCAGUGACCAGCUAGCCCACUUCAAGCUGUCCUCCUCUUCCCGUGAGGAGAAGGAGGACACUCCAGGCCCCGACACUGUUUCCUACCCCCAGGACAGCUUGGCACAAAUCAAAGCUGUCUAUGCCAACUUGUUCUCCGAAUCCUGCUGGUCCAGCUUAGCGCUGGACCUGAAGAAGUCCAGCUUGACCACCAGCAACAGCGAUGCCAGCCGGAAGGAGAGCGCCACGCCCACUCCGCCCGCCACCACCAGUACCGCCAGCACGAACGCGCACACCACCAGCACCAGUACUAGUGUCAGCGCCGGUGCCAGCCAUGGCAAUGGUGGUGGCAGUGGCGCCAGUAACAGCAGCAGCUCUGGGUAUGACUGGCACCAGGCAGCCCUGGCAAAGACCCUGCAGCAGACAUCCUCCUAUGGCCUGCUGCCCGAGCCCAGUCUGUUCAGCACCGUGCAGCUAUACCGUCAGAACAACAAGCUAUAUGGGUCCGUGUUCACCGGCGCCAGCAAGUUCCGGUGCAAGGACUGCAGCGCCGCCUACGACACGCUGGUGGAGCUGACAGUGCACAUGAACGAGACGGGGCACUACCGCGAUGACAACAGGGACAAGGACGCCGAGAAGACCAAGCGCUGGUCCAAGCCCAGGAAGCGCUCUCUGAUGGAGAUGGAGGGCAAGGAGGAUGCCCAGAAGGUGCUCAAGUGCAUGUACUGUGGCCACUCGUUUGAGUCCUUGCAGGACCUCAGUGUCCACAUGAUCAAAACAAAGCAUUACCAGAAAGUGCCUCUGAAGGAACCGGUCCCCGCCAUCACCAAGCUGGUGCCUUCCACCAAAAAGCGCGCACUCCAGGACUUGGCCUCGCCCUGCUCGCCAGAGCCUGCAGGGGUCGCUGCGGACGUCACGCUGAAUGAGUCUGGGAAGGACCAGAAGACCGCGAACCCCUAUGUGACACCCAACAACCGCUACGGCUACCAGAAUGGUGCUAGCUACACCUGGCAGUUCGAGGCCCGCAAAGCGCAGAUCCUCAAGUGCAUGGAGUGUGGCAGCUCCCAUGACACCUUGCAGCAGCUCACGGCCCACAUGAUGGUCACUGGCCACUUCCUGAAGGUGACCACGUCCGCCUCCAAGAAGGGCAAGCAGCUGGUUCUGGAUCCUGUGGUGGAGGAAAAGAUCCAGUCUAUUCCACUGCCACCCACCACGCACACCCGGCUGCCCACUGCCGCCAUCAAGAAGCCGCCCGACUCGCCGGCGGGGUCCACUACAUCGGAGGAGAAGAAAGAGCCGGAGAAGGUGAAGGUGCCCACCACGGCCAGCGAGGUGGAUGAGAAGAUCAAGGAGGAGAGCGAGGAGAGCGCCGAGAAGUUUGAGCCCACUGCGCCCUACCAGUACCUGAGGGAGGAGGACCUGGACGACAGCUCCAAGGGAGGAGUAGACAUCCUCAAGUCGCUGGAGAACACGGUCACCACGGCCAUCAGCAAGGCCCAGAACGGCGCGCCCUCCUGGGGCGGCUACCCCAGCAUCCACGCCGCCUACCAGCUUCCGGGCUCCGUGAAGCCGCUGCCGCCUGCUGUGCAGACGGUCCCCAUGCAGCCAUCCUAUGCCAGUGGUGCCAAGUCCCUGCCAUCUGAGCACAGCGCCCUCCUGCACUCGCCCGGCAGCCUGACGCCCCCACCGCACCGGAGCAACGUGUCCGCCAUGGAGGAGCUGGUGGAGAAAGUCACUGGCAAGAUUAGCAUCAAGAAGGAAGAGCGGUCCUCCACCGCUGACAAGGACAAGGGCUCCCCGGCCAAGCCCGUGUCCCCGGGGGCCAAGGAGAACAAAGAUGUCCCCAAGGCCGAAGAGGUCAGCAGCAAGCAGCCGCCCAAGAAGAGCCCAGAGGCCGAGGCGGGGAAGGCCAAAAAGGAGAGUCCAAGUGACGCACACCCCCCAAAUGGCACGGAGCCCCUGAAAGGCAAAGUGACCAACGGCUGCAGCGGCCUGGGCAUCAUUACGGACCACUCGCCCGAGCCACCCUUCAUCAACCCGCUGAGUGCGCUGCAGUCCAUCAUGAACGCCCACCUGGGCAAGGUGUCCAAGCCCGUCAGCCCGUCCCUGGACCCGCUGGCCAUGCUCUACAAGAUCAGCAACAGCGUGCUGGACAGGCCCACACAUCCUGGUGCCCCUGGCAAGCAGGCCGAUGCCAUCGACCGCUUCUACUAUGAGAGCAGUGACCAGCCCAUCGACUUGACCAAGGCCAAGAGCAAGCCCUUGGUGACGGGCGUCGGUGAUGCGGUCUCGUCGCCCCUGCGGGAGAGUGCAUUGAUGGACAUCUCUGACAUGGUCAAGAACCUCACGGGCCGCCUGACACCCAAGUCCUCUACGCCCUCCACUGUGUCCGAGAAGUCGGAUGCAGAUGGUAGCAGCUUCGAGGAGGCCCUGGAUGAGCUGUCGCCGGUGCACAAGCGGAAGGGGCGGCAGUCGAACUGGAACCCGCAGCACCUGCUCAUCCUGCAGGCCCAGUUUGCCUCCAGCCUGCGGGAGACCCCUGAGGGCAAGUACAUCAUGUCUGACCUGGGCCCCCAGGAACGGGUGCACAUCUCCAAGUUCACCGGCCUGUCCAUGACCACCAUCAGCCAUUGGCUGGCCAAUGUCAAGUACCAGCUGCGCAGGACAGGGGGGACCAAAUUCCUCAAGAAUCUGGACACAGGGCAUCCUGUGUUCUUUUGCAACGAUUGUGCCUCUCAGUUCAGGACUGCUUCCACAUACAUCAGCCACCUAGAGACCCACCUGGGCUUCAGUCUGAAGGACCUGUCCAAGCUGCCACUCAGCCAGAUUCAGGAGCAACACAGUGUGUCCAAAGUCCUCGCCGGCAAGGCCCUGGGCCCGCUGGGGGCCACAGACGAGGACCUGGGCUCCACAUUCCAGUGCAAGCUCUGUAACCGGACCUUUGCAAGCAAGCACGCGGUCAAGCUGCACCUCAGCAAGACCCACGGCAAGUCCCCCGAGGACCACCUGAUCUACGUCACUGAGCUGGAGAAACAGUAG